GAAAACAUGUCGGCUAAUGAAAUAGAGAUAGCAAUUCACACUGAUUCAAGGCAUGCUGAUCGGCUCCGAUCAGUGUACUCCAGUAAAGAAACGGCAGCACGUGGCUACGUGGAAUUUAAGCGGAUGGAUUUCUUAGGGAGUCGUAGAAGUUUUGAAAUGUUGAAGCGUGUUAAUGGGGAUAACAAUAGCAAUGUCUAUGAGUUAUUGAUCAGAGCAUAA